UUCGUAUAUUUUUUAAAUGAAAUAAUAAUAAACUCUGAAGUGGAAAGUGGAAAAAACCAAAAAGAAAUGAAUUUUGCGCUCUAAAUAAUGCGCUCCCCCAACUAAAACCUCGACUGAGACUCUCUCAGACCAUUACCAUCUCUCACACUCUCUCUCUCUCUCCAGCUAUUCUCUUUCUCUCUCUUCCCUCAUCUCUCUCUCUGCUCUAAACAUGCAGCGGCAAUCGUUAGGCUCUCCUGGCAGAGGAGCAAUAUUAUCCAAAGACGACGCCGCUUCAAUUUCCGAUGACCUUAAACGAUGCGAAUCAAUUCCGUCCUCACUUUCCGGCGACGACGACGAAAUCAAGCCGGAAAAACCUCUCCGACGUCAUUCUCAACCGGAGAAAUUUGUUCAUCUCAUCCCUAUCCUCAUUCUUCUCUGCUUCUUCAUCUUAUAUCUCUCCUCUCACGAUCCUUCUACCAAAGAGUUGGCUCAGUUUAAUCUGUUCAAUCAUCCAGAGAAAUUCAUAGAUUCGACCGACAUUGACGACAUUGGAAGAGCUGAUAAUAAAUUCAAAGGAAACGGCGUAUUUGCGAUACGAAGCUUGCGGAAUUUGCAAGAGGAAGUUCAAGAUGACGACAUUCCGAAAUUACGUUCUCAUCGGAAACUCGGCGAUUUUUAGUCGCACGUGUGAAGAAGGAAGCUAGCUCAUCGUCGAUAUUCCGCACGUAUACACAUCCCGGUAGAAAAAUUCGCUGAUUUUAAUUUAAUUUUUUAAUUUAAUUUAAUGUUCAAUUAUUUGUUCCUUUUCAUAUAUUCCAGAAAAAAAAAAUGAAGCAUAAUGUAAUUUGAUACUACUGGUUAUAUAGGCAGUAUUUCUGUACAAAUAAAAUUCGUCCUCUGCUUUCAAUAAAUAUCUACAUCUACCGACAAAAAAGUUAUGGAAAAUUAUGAAAAAAAUAUGCUAAAAUGCGCAAUGUAGAUAAAGUUGCGCCGGAGAUGAGUGGUUGGAGUCCAGCUGGGGGGAUGGAGCCGUUACUCUGAUGACCUUGGAGUGCGGUUUAAUGAGUUGGAGUUUGGGUCUGCCAACCUGGAAAGUUUUUUUAAUCUUUUUUACGGAUUUUAAGUACGGAGUAAUUCUAUUUUUACCGUGACUAUUGAGCUUGCCCAGCCUUGUAGUGCUUGUAAUUCCCACCCAAUUUACUCGUCUUCAUUUUCCUUCGUGUUCUUUUAUUGAUUAACUUUUGCAUUAUUCGUAUAUACUCAUACUAAUUUUGAUUACAGGUGUCAAACUAUCAACUCGGGUUUGAUAAAGUCGGGUUGAGUCUAAUUUCAAGUUUAAGUCGUGCUAAAUUAUUGUGUCUAUGCAAGCCGAAAUUUGAAUGAAGAUUUUUCGAGUUAAUUUUGAAUUGAGUCGGUUGGAGGUUUUGACACUUUUCCAUGAUCAAAUUUUAUAUACUCCGUACUUUGUAGUAAAUUUUCCUAACAUAAUACAGGACCAUGUAACCAAAGAUUAUCAAUGAUUAAAAGUGUAUUUACAAAGUAUAUAAGUUAAACUACUCCGUAAUAUUGUAAUUUUAAGGAAACAGAAAAGGGAACAUAACUCACAGAGGUGGUAGGGUUCCUUUCUGGAGGAAAUCAGGUGUCCUCCCUAAAAAAAA